GGAUGGAAACCCUGAAUGAAUCUCAAAGCACCAACGCCACCAGCGACACCAACACCAGCCUCUUCUCUGGCAGCCCGUACUCGACUGUGGAGAUAGUGCUCAUCAUCCUGGUGGCUGCAUCCCUGAGUCUGAUCACUGUCAUCGGAAACAUCCUGGUCAUGCUCUCUAUAAAGGUAAACAGGAACCUGCAGACCAUCAACAACUACUUCCUGUUCAGCCUGGCCUGUGCAGACCUCAUUAUUGGUAUCUGCUCCAUGAACCUCUAUACUGUCUACAUUGUAAUUGGCUACUGGCCUUUGGGACCAGUGGUGUGUGACCUUUGGUUGGCUGUUGAUUACGUUGUCAGCAAUGCUUCAGUCAUGAACCUGCUCAUCAUCAGCUUCGACCGUUACUUCUGUGUGACCAAGCCCCUUAGCUACCCUGCACGCCGCAGCACCAAGAUGGCCGGCUUGAUGAUCGCAGCAGCCUGGGUCUUAUCCUUCAUCCUCUGGGCUCCCGCUAUCUUGUUCUGGCAGUUCAUUGUGGGCAGGAGAACUGUGGCACCCAAUGAGUGCUACAUUCAGUUCUUCUCGAACCCUGCAGUGACCUUUGGGACAGCCAUAGCUGCCUUUUACCUUCCAGUGGUCAUCAUGAUCUACCUCUACUGGCGCAUCUCGAAGGCUAGCCGCAGCCGCAUGAGGAAGGACAGUAGAAAGACCUCAGGGACCAGUCUGGCAGAAGCCCCAUCUAACAGCCAGGAGGAAGGGUGUGAGAACAACGAUGCUGCAACAAGACCAGCUCAGGAGGCGGAGGCUGGAGAUGAGAAGGAAAAAGAAAUGCUGCAGCAACAAAAUGGAAGUGGCCCCUAUGUGGAGGAACAGGGGGACCCGACAGACUCUGCACCGGAAGUUGUCCACGCUUCAACAUCUAAAGAUGUUGCAUCAUCACCUAAGAGCUCAUCUGGAGGGAAAAAUCAAACGCAAUCCCCUUCCUCGCAGAACUCGGCGAUUGACAGACAAAGUAUGGUCACAUGGACGUUGCUGCUGGUAACAAAGCGUGCAGUGACUGAAAGAGUUGUAGCAAAGUGGAGAGGAAGAGGAAACUCCUCCAGAGAGAGAAAAGUGACACGCACCAUCAUGGCCAUCCUGAUCGCUUUUGUUGCCACGUGGACGCCGUACAACGUGAUGGUGCUCAUCACCACAUUCUGCUCCAUCUGCAUCCCCAACUCGCUCUGGACCAUCGGCUACUGGCUCUGCUACAUCAACAGCACCGUCAACCCGGCCUGCUACGCCCUCUGCAACGUCACCUUCAAGAACACCUUCAAGCACCUGCUUCUGUGCCAGUACAAGAACAUUCGUGGGCGAUGAAAACGUGUGUUCAUGUUCAUGACGUAACUAAAACU